AUGUCCAGGUUUGAUAUGCCCCCUCAGACUCGAGCAUCUUGGAGGGUUACGGGUGAAUCGAACGCGCUCAGAGAAACUGAUGAACAACUAUGGAUUACUACCUCACGCGGACAGAGUCAUUCUAGAACUAGGGGAAGGAGUUCUCGAUGCUUAAGUGAGGGUAGUUCAAGUGAUCGAAGGAGUGCUAGUAUGGACAGCACUAGAAUGGGUAGACCUACUUUAGAGAGUAUUACUUUGGAUGAGUUAGCUAGAUGUACUAGUACAGCUGAAGAGUACAUAGAGUUUAGUUCACAAGAUCUGGAUUAUGAUCUAUAUGUAGAUAUGAUAGUAGAGGAAGGGUUAGAUGAGGAGGAUGAAAAUGAUUCAAAUGACAACGAAAGAAAUGACUCAGUUUCAUUAUCUACAUUUAUGAAGGUAAAACCUCCAUCCUUUAUUAGUUCCACAGUGGAAGAGGACUCACAUAGAUUUUUGGACACUAUGGAAAGGAUCUGUCAUGCUUUGGGAGCUUCGAGUACAAGGUCAGUAACAUUGGCUAGUUUUCGUUUAGAGGAUGUAGCACAACAAUGGAUUACAUGGUACAUGUGGGGUAAAUCUAGUGAUACCAGUCUGCUUGGGUGGAAGGAGUUUGAUAAAGCUUUUAUGGAUAGAUUUAUGCCUCGUACUGUAUACGCCCUAUACCUCGUGUCUUCAGAAGAAAUAAGGGUGAAUCGGUUUGUGGCUAGACUAUAUGAGUACUUGUUCAGAGUUGUUGCAUUGCAAAGGUUUGAUUCGUACUCUGAUGCAGUAGAUUAUGCUCGGCUAAUUGAGGGUCGUAGUAUGGACACUAGGGCACUUCGUAAAAGUACUAGAAGAAUUAAGGUUGAAGGAUAA